AUAUUUAGCUGCUUUCCAAACUGACCUCCUUUUAAUGUUUGCGGUCGCCAACUGCCAGGCUGGAUUGAGGUAACUAUUAAUACCUCCGACUGAAAGCAGAAAAGACGUGAGGGGAGUUGUGCGCGGUGUGUGUUAUGGUUACAUGGCCUGUAGGAGCACAGUGCCGGGAGCUUACGGUUGUUUACCGGAAUCCCCACUGAAGCAGGAGGACGACUCGUCGUCGGAAGAGGAGCCGGAGGAAGAUGCAGUUCCAGACGCAGUUCUGCAGGUGGAGGCGGAGUCAUUCUUCGUGAACCGCGAGCGGCUGGCCCGCCACAGCCCGUACUUCCGGGCCCUCUUCUACGGCGGCGGCAGGGAGAGCGGGAAGCGUCACGUAGAGAUCAAAGGCGUGGGCGUGACCCAGUUCCGGGUUCUGAUGGAGCACUUGCAGACGUCCCGACUCCCUCUGACCCGAGACAACGUCCUGAAGCUGCUGGAGACUGCAGACUUCCUGCAGCUGGAGCGAGCCAGGCUGCUCUGCUGCAAGUUCCUGGAGAGAGAGCUGCACCUCAGCAACUGCCUGGGCAUGAUGGGCUUUGCCUGGCAGAUGUGCUGCCUGGAGCUGUACAGGGCAGCCCGGGAGGUCGCCCUCAACCACCUGCCCGCCCUCGCCAACGACGACGACUUCCUCCUCCUGUCCAAGGACAGCGUGGCCGACCUCCUCGCCAGCGACGACCUCAACCUCCCCCGGGAGGACAUGGCCCUGGAGGUGAUCCUGCGCUGGGCGACGUUCGACCCCAGCCGGGAGGACGACUUCCUGGACCUGGUUGGGCUGGUGCGGCCUGAGAGCUUGACCCUGCCCUACCUCACGGACCUGCUGACCCGGCUCAAAGGGUCGGACCCCCGAGCCAAGCUCCUGUGUAAACUGAACGAGCAUUUCCCAGCAUGCUGGGCAGCCGGGCGCUCGCUGCCUCGGACACGCUCCCGGGAGAACCUCUUCGUCCUGGGAGGACCUCACGAUCAGGACCGCCAGCUCCUCUACCGCUUCCACCCUCGCAGCGGCCGCUGGCAGAGCUGCGCCCCUCUGCAGAGGAGGAACCUCAUCCAGUAUUCUGUCGCCGCCGCAGGGGACAGUGUGGUGGUGACGGGGGGGAACUUCCGUGACGAGGUGGUGUGGUACAGUGUGGACUGGGUGAGGCUGUACCGAACUGGGAGCGAGCUGUGGGAGGACGGGCCAUCCCUGGGCAGAUCCAGGCACUCGCACUGCUCCGCGGGGCUGGGACAGGAGCUGUUCGUCCUGGGUGGCAGCAUGGACCAGGGCCCCGUGGCAGACGUGGAGAGGCUGGUGCUGGGGGCCGAGGCCUGGGAGGGGAGGAGCCCCAUGGUGCGGGCGGUGGAGAGGGCCGGCUGCGCCGCGCUAUGCGGAUGUGUCUACGUGGCGUGCGGAUUGGACGAGAACGGGGAGGCGUACAGCGGAGUGCAGCGCUAUAGGCCGGCGGAGGACCAAUGGGAUGUGCUGUCCUACUGUCCCUUCCCGAGGUAUGAUCUUCUGGCAACGGAGCUCAACGGCGCCCUCUACCUGUUCGGAGGCCAGGCGCUGCGUCUGGACAUGGAGACGGACGAGUGGACCCUGCUGGAGGAGGAGUGUCUGGACAGGAAGUUCUUUGGCGGCUGCGCCACUCUGAGCGGGCAGGUGUACCUGCUGGGGGAGCGCAGGAUCAACACAGCCUUGCCCAAAAUGCUGCUCUUGGACCCUUACAUCGACGUCUGCGUCCAGGUAGACGACACCCUGCCAUGCCCUGUACCCGUCCGCGGGGCUGUCACGGUACGCAUGGUCACGUGACAGGAAACACACCUCCUUUCCACUUCCUGAUUCCACUCAACACUUCCUGUGUGAGGAAUGCAGGCAUGUUGUGUAACUCUUGUGUGUUCCUGGGUUUGCAUGACCUCUACACACUGUAUUAUAGUGUCAAAGAUCUUUAUUUAAUGCUUUUGUUCAGGAAGUGUAUAUGCAAUGACUAUGAAACAGGCAUGGAUCAGUCGGUCAAUAAAAGUAAUUUAUUGAUAGUGUUUAACUGACCAUCGAGUGAACAAACCUAUAGGAAUGUGGAUUCAACAAAAACAUAACAAAGCAUGUAAGACUAGUCAUAUGUUACUGCCACAACAACCAUGGCGUCUCCAGUUUAGAUAUCAUGUAUUUGAUUCGAUUAAAACAAAUAUCCCAUUACAACUA